AUGCCCAAGAUCAAGGACGCCGUAGCUGAGAGAACCCGCGCAGACAAUCCCAAUAUUGACCUAUCGACUGCAGAAAACUGGCUUAUCCGCGACGAAUUGAUCGAUAUCUGCAGGAGUAGUAUCCAGGCGGACCUCACCACCAACCAUCUGUCCUAUCCCAAUGGUUUCUCUGGAGAUCCCAGCAUGGUCGAUGGCCUCGCAAACUUCCUGAACGAGCAUUUUGACCCACAUGAGCCCGUACAAGCCGCACAUAUUGCCACGGCUCCGGGGGCAGCCAGUUGUUUAGAUGCAUUACUCUACACGAUCUGCGACCCCGGAGACGCAGUCCUUGUUCCAGCACCGUAUUGGAACGGAUUCGACUUUCAAUUCCGCGUUCGAGCAUCUGUCACACCACUACCAGUGAACUGCAGCGGCUUUGCGAGGACCUUCUCUUUGGAGUUAUUGGUCGCGUUAGAGGAGGCUAUCAAAAACGCCACUUCACCAGUAAAAGCCCUCGUCCUGACAAACCCUCACAAUCCAUUCGCACAAUGCUAUCCUCGCGCGGUUAUCGAGGCUUGUCUGCAGUUCUGCGAGAGACAUGAUCUCCACCUGAUAUCGGACGAAGUAUACGCUCUGAGCAUAUUCGACUCUGCCGACUCAAAGGGCCUCCCUCCCUUCGUCUCGGCGUUAUCCCUGAAUCCAGCGUCAUUAGACUGCGCUCCGCAUCGUGUACACGUCAUCUGGAGCAUAAGCAAGGAUUUUGGGUCCAGUGGAAUUCGACUGGGAUGCACUGUCUCCCAACGCAACCCCAAGGUAAUUGUUGGAGUCUCCCUAGCGUCGAACACACAGACUUCCUCACUUGCAGCCAUUUUCACCCAGAAUCUGCUGUGCUCCCCUCUUACUCCCCGGUUGAUGCGACUCAACAGGGAGAGGCUGUCACACGCUUACUCCAUACUCACUGGGUGGAUGAAGGAAAACGGAUUCGCAUACAUCCCAGCCAAUGCAGGAAUCUUUGUUUUUGCCCGAUUGGGCAAAACAGUUACGAGCUGGGACGAGGAGAAGGAGCUGGUUCUACGGUGCAAAGCGGCAGGCGUGCUGGUAAGCGCAGGACAGGCCUACCAUGGCAUUGAGUCGGAGAAGGGAUGGGUGCGAAUUACAUUUGCAGUCAAGCCAGAAGUGCUGCUUGAGGGUCUGAAUCGGCUGGCAUUAGCCCUGGGCGUGCGGCCUCCAUCGGCCCAGUAG